CGGGGACCAGGCGGCGACGCGCGCGGCGGCAGCCGGGGCCAUGGCGGGCUGCUGCGCGGUGCUGGCGGCCUUCCUGUUCGAGUACGACACGCCGCGCAUCGUGCUUAUCCGCAGCCGUAAAGUGGGGCUCAUGAACCGCGGCGUGCAGCUGCUCAUCCUGGCCUACGUCAUCGGGUGGGUGUUCGUGUGGGAAAAGGGUUACCAGGAAAUGGACUCCGUGGUCAGCUCAGUGACUACCAAGGCCAAAGGCGUGGCUGUGACCAAUACUUCUACACUUGGGUUCCGGAUCUGGGAUGUGGCUGAUUAUGUGAUUCCAGCUCAGGAGGAAAACUCCCUCUUCAUCAUGACCAACAUGAUCAUCACCAUGAACCAGACCCAGAGCAUCUGUCCCGAGAUUCCUGAUAAGACCACUGUGUGCGAAUCAGAUACGGACUGCACUUCUGGGUCUGCCGACAUCCACAGCAAUGGAGUCAAGACUGGAAGAUGCGUGCCGUUCAAUGGGUCAGUGAAGACCUGUGAGGUGGCAGCCUGGUGCCCGGUGGAGGAUGACACACAUGUGCCAAAGCCUGCUUUUUUAAAGGCUGCAGAAAACUUCACUCUUUUGGUUAAGAACAACAUCUGGUAUCCCAAAUUUAAUUUCAGCAAGAGGAAUAUUCUUCCCAACACCACCACCACCUACCUCAAAUCAUGCAUUUAUGAUGCCAGGACAGAUCCCUUCUGCCCCAUAUUCCGUCUUGGCAAAAUCGUGGAGAACGCAGGACACAGCUUCCAGGACAUGGCCGUCGAGGGAGGCAUCAUGGGCAUCCAGAUCAACUGGGACUGCAACCUGGACCGAGCCGCCUCCUUCUGCCUGCCCAGGUAUUCUUUCCGCCGCCUCGAUACCCGGGACCUUGACCACAAUGUGUCUCCUGGCUACAAUUUCAGGUUUGCCAAGUACUACCGGGACCUCACUGGCGUGGAGCAGCGCACGCUCAUUAAGGCAUAUGGUAUCCGCUUCGACAUCAUCGUGUUUGGGAAGGCUGGGAAGUUUGACAUCAUCCCUACCAUGAUCAACAUCGGCUCCGGCCUGGCGUUGCUGGGUGUGGCGACAGUGCUGUGUGACGUCAUAGUCCUGUAUUGCAUGAAGAAGAGAUACUACUAUCGGGAGAAGAAGUACAAAUACGUGGAAGAUUACGAGCAGGGUCUUGGUGGGGAGACAGGCCAGUGAUGCCUACCCGACACCUGGGCUCCCCGAAGCCCUCAUCAAGCACAAUGAGAAGGAGGGAGAAAUGGCUGCUAUGUCACCCCAGAGAACAUUCCAGAUUCUGAUUCACUCUCCAUAAGUACUGAGGGUUGCCUGGUAGCUCCUACAUUUUGUGUGUGGGGGGUUCAUUUGUCCCCUGGGCACAGUGGAUUACCAACCAGUGUGUUGUUGGCUGGGGCGAGUUGCUGGGGCCUUCUGCAGGCCCCGGGGCCAGCUUUCCUCAGAAGCUGCAGUCUCCAGCCCUCGCGGACGGGGCCAAUCCUGUGAGGCAUGGCAACUCCAUUCAGGCACUUUGUAAGGAAAAGAAAGCCUCUAGGCUCGUGCUCCCUAGACUUUAGCAGGCCCAGGCUGCUGCUCCUCUCCCCCAAACCAGAAACACUGUCCUUGCAACCAUGUUACAGAGUUGGCUCUCUUCCUCUGAGAACAGCUGUGUAGAGAUGGUUGAAGAUCAAACAUUAAAACAAGCGGUUUUUCUUACUUCUCGCA